GUAAAAUACUGCAGCUCUUAAGAACACACCAUCUUCUCUCUUUGAAGAGAUCAAGAAGGAUUCAUGAUGAAGGCUGGUGGAAGACAGCUUCUGGGUUUGGUCUUGGCCAUCAUCGGCUUUUUGGGGAGCAUCAUCAGCUGUGCUCUCCCCUUAUGGAAAUUCAUUAAUUGGAGAAAAUUACAGGGUUUGUGGAAGUACUGUGUGUUUGAUUACGAACACUACUUAACAGAAACACAAUGGUGCAAAGCUUAUGAGUCUGUGCUGGGCAUACCAACAGAGCUGCAGGCUGCCAGAGUGCUCGUCGUCAUCGCCAUCAUCGCUGGGAUCUUUGGGGUCAUGGUUGGUGUUGUUGGGGGCAACUGCGGCACCUUUGUGUCCGCUGGAAGGAAAAAGAGCAAAGAAGCUAUAGCUUCUGGAAUUGUCUUCAUCUUUGCAGGCAUCUUGCUGCUCAUACCAGUCUGCUGGACCACCAUCACCAUCACUCGUGAAUUCUACUACGCUUGGGAAAGGAUGGGAGCCUCGCUCUACAUCGGCUGGGCUUCUGCAGGGCUGCUGUUACUGGGAGGAAGCCUCCUCUGCUGCUCCUGUCCCCGCAGGAAUGAGAUUGACUUUAAGGUUGAGUACUCCAAACCCAGCUCUGUGUAA